AAAUCUGGCUGUCAGCGCCACACUACUUUUUAACUCAGAAAAAAAAAGUUGUCUUAUGUCAACGCAAACAAAACUAUGUCAAAUUUGUUGUAAAUUUCGUGUAACAAAACAUACAAAAUCAGACCAAAUUUAAUGUGCAGAAACCCAUGUGCCCCUUUUAUUUUCAUUUUAAGUGAACCUGCUUCAUGAUGGCUGAAAAGUCUCCUGAUGUGCAGGCGAGUGAGCCCAGUACUCCACAAGUGGAACAGCCGUCUGGCAACUGGUGGCACUCUUGGAUCACUUCGGCUAAGACCAAGUCAGCGGAGGUAUACUCUAUGGUCAAAAAGGACCUGGACGAGAUUGGCUCCGCAGUGAAGAGUGAAGCAAGCCAUGUGUUCAGCACAACGUCUUCGGCACUCGGGAAGACGCUGAAGCUGGAUGAGCCAGAGUCACCAGCAAAUGUGAUGAAGAAAAGUCUCAGCACUUUUAUUGGACAAGUGAGCACAGUCCUCAACCCUGAACCAGAUGACGAAGAUGACACGGAGGUCAUCUUGUCUUCUGGAGACACCACUAUGCUGUCCACAUACAAGAAAGAGCUAGAAGCCCUCCAACGCGUAGACGCGACAUACCUCGUCCCAGCUUCGAGCCCUGAGCUCGAGGCAUGGCGUGCCUCCCUCGAGCUGGGCUCGGAGCUGAUCUCGCCCGGCUCGGCCGCCAAACGCCUCGCCGCCAGCCCGCUGCUGCGCUCGAUGUAUGACAAGCUUGUGCCUGAUGCCGUCACUCAUGAAGAUUUUUGGGAGAGGUACCUGUUCCGUGUAGCGUUGCUGCAGGACCGCUUGGCGGCCGCCGCGCGUAAGCUGCCGGCUACAGAUACUGACCCUGUACUGGCGCAUUUACCCCGACAACAAACCGAGCCUAUACAACAGAGCCCCAAGAAAGUACUAUCCGGUGUCGAAACUGAAGUAGAGGAUGAACCGAGCGAGCAGAGCGAGUCGACCGAGCCAUUGGUACUGGCUGACACUGUGACUUGGGAGGACGAAGACUUCGCGAAUGACGUGGAACUGACCGAAGAACAACAAACGCUACUUCUAGAAGAAUACGAGAAGGAAAUAUCCAGCAAGAAGACAAAACAGACAUCAUCCCGCGACUUAGCCAACAACAACAUCAAAAACAACAAGAAAAACACUGGCAACACUAAACAGGAAAAUAAGAAUGGCGUCAAAAAAGGUAAAUCUGACGACACUGGCAGCACUAAACAGAAAAAUAAAAAUGGCGUCAAAAAAGGUAAAUCUGACGUUUGUGGAAACGAUUUGGUGGAAGACUAUUUUGGGGAAAAAGAGGUGAAAGAUGAUGCCAGCGCCAAUUCGGAUGAGAGUUGGGAGAAAUUUGACAUAGACGAAGAUAAAGCUUAAUCCGGCCAUAGAGUAGAAUAAAUCAUCUUAUGAGAG